UUUUUUUUUUUUUUUUUACAUUGUUAUUUUUACCGACAUACGAAACUUUACUUGUUAAAUUUUAACAUUCAAAUAUUUAUAAUGAACCGAAUUAAAUAACAUUUUUUGAGAAAAAGGGAAAAAUAGCAUUUCAAAAAAAGUAAAUCUGUAUAUUUAGCUAUUUUAUUAUUUUAUUAUUAUAUAAGAGAGAGAGAGAAAUAAAAAAAGUAGUAGAGAAAAAAAAAAAAAAAAAAUGUUAAGACAACAUAAUCUUUCAAUUGAUACAGAAGCUGCAGCAAAAGGUCAAAGAAUUAAUAAAUCAUCAAUACAAAAAAAUCGGAAUAAUGAUACGGAUUCUGAUGAUAAUUCUUUAGAAGGGAAUGAUAUUAAUAAUAAUAUUGAUAGUGAAGAAGAUGAUGAAUUAACUUCUUCACCUUCAAUACCUGAUGAAGAUAUUGAUUUUGAUUUAGUAUACGCUUUACAUACUUUUCAAGCUACUGUUGAAGGUCAAGCUAGUGUUGAAAAAGGUGAUUCUUUAACUUUAUUGGAUGAUUCAAAUAGUUAUUGGUGGUUGGUUAAAGUUUUAAAAAAUGAUGAAGUUGGUUAUAUACCUGCCGAAAAUAUUGAGACUCCAUAUGAGAGAUUGGCGAGAUUAAAUAAACAUCUUAUCCUCUUCGGUAAAUAAUAGAGAAGAAGACUUGAAUCAAAAGCCACCAAAUGAUUCUAAAGGUGUUAAAUUUACUUCACCAGUAUAUGUUGUGGCAGAAGAAGAUGAUUAUUAUGAUGAAGAAUUUGAUGAAUAUUUUGAGGAUGAUGAUGUUGAAGAUCUUGAUUAUGAAGAAGAGGAACGAGAAGAACGAGAUGUUGAUAAUAAU